UUAUUACACUCGUGUUUGUUCCUGUUUCACUUAUUUGAUAAAAACAUCGAGAGCUGAGAGCGAGUCAUGAUUGGUCGAGCCUGUGUAUCGAUGGAACCUCGAUAUCGAUAUUUUUGCACAAAAGGAGGAAGUGGCGAUACUUCGUCCAUCUUUAUUUAAAGGUCUAUGAUUUGUGUUUCAGUUAAUUCACUUUGAGCAGGAUCUAUUUGGGUAAAUCAAAUAUUUACAAUACACGAAACACAUUUAACUUAAUACCACAGAAAACAUGUGGAAACCCCACAGCAGCAUACAGACAGUAUAACUCACUUUGAGUUAAAUCGUGUACGUUUAUAACAUCAUAAAAACACUAAAUUAUAAAUAAAAUACAGAAACAUUAUGGCCCACACAGGUCAUUCGCUGAAUUGUUCACAGUUACCUGGCUCGGCCCAUUCACAUAUUACCAACACGUUUGUAAGUUGCUUUCUAUGGCGGAUGAAAGGGCUUUUUACUGAAAUCUGUGUUCUAUAGGUUUCAAUAAUGAGUUGAUGAGUAAGGGCUUCUCUGAAGGGGGCCACUCGUCCUGUACAUUCAGUCAGGUAUAAAAGGAAAGGGUUAAACCAUGGUAGUCAGGCAGUACCGUAGCAGGAGUCAACACAUCCACAGCCAACAUGAGCAACACCGGCAUGAGCAUGAAGGGAAAGAUCAUUUUCUACGAGGAGAAGAACUUCCAGGGUCGCUCCUACGAGUGCAUGAGCGACUGCUCCGACAUGACCUCCUACCUGAACAGGUGCCACUCCUGCAGGGUGGAGAGCGGCUGCUUCAUUGUGUACGACCGCCCCAACUUCAUCGGUAACCAGUACUUCAUGAGGAGGGGCGAGUACUCCGACUACAUGAGCAUGAUGGGAAUGAGAGAAUGCAUCAGGUCCUGCCGCAUGAUCCCCAUGGUGAGUACAGCGUCCCCUGACCGCUAGUACUUCUACGGCUCUGACAUUUUUCUGACAUGUAACUUCUUUGGGGGGGAUUUCCAGCACCGUGGCCAGUUCAGGAUGAAGAUCUACGAGAG